GCUAGCUCAAGCUACAAGUGUACUAAUUCUAAACAAUCUUUUAACUCAAAUAAAAAAUGAAGAAGUACUCAGUUCUCGGUAACAAGAAGAAAGUGACGAUGGAGACGAAUGCAACCCGUCUCAAAGUCAUCGGCAACAACUGCAUCGUUCGGGUCACAACGAAUCGAGGAGAUAUCGAAGUGAUCGGCAACGAUUGCCGCGUGGAAGUGAACGAUAAUUACGGUGUCAUCAAUCUAGUGGGUGGAAACGGAGUUGUAACGAUAGGUAAACGAUGGCGAGGCGAUAAAGUGCAAUUGGUAGGUCCUAACUGCCAUACCUUGGUAGACGGGAAGGAAAAGCCGCAACAGUUCUACGAGGCCCAGCUGUCGCCAUUUAGCAAGGACCUGGAUGACGUCAUCGAUUCGAUCUUCACCUUCGUUAUGCGAUGAAGAUUUACUCAAGUGAUAAAGUGCUUCAAAAUUUGUACGGAACUGUUCCCUUGAAGGGAACGGAGAACUUUCAGUGCUUGCUAUCGGUCGCCGCUUCAAAUGCGAAGGAGGUCAGCGGCUUAACCCUUGCUAAGGGAGUUUUUGUGUACUUCUAAUAAAAGAAAUGUAAAUGA